AUGGCCCUGCUGCUGGGCCUGGGCCUGAAGGCUGCGCUGGCCCGCGGUUGCCUGCAUUGCCAUGGCAACUUCUCAAAGUUCUACAGCCAUCACGUGAACCUCAAGUCCUGGUAGGUGGGCGACAUUCCCGAGUCGGGCUCGCUGCUCACUGACUGGAGCCAGGACAUGAUGAAGGAGCUGCGCCUGGCCAUCCCCGCGAAGAUCACCCGGGAAAAGCUAGACCAAGUGGCAAACGCCGUGUACUAGAAGAUGGAUCAGCUGUACCAAGGGAAGAUGUAUUUCCCGGGGUAUUUCCCCAAGGAGCUUCGAGCCAUCAUCUGGGAGCAGGUGCACCUCCUCUAGAAUGCCAUCAUUGAAAGUUGCAUUGAUUGUCAGCAUCACUGUAGUAUCUUCCAAUACGAUACCAUCUUCUGUAGCAACUGCACUGACUUGCACGUUGUGUGCUUUGGCUACCACUGUGAGUAGGGCUCAGGCAAAAUGUGGAAGACAGCUAUGCAGGGCCUCCUCCUUUACAUGUGAGUUGUAAAUAAUUGGCACAAAUGAGAGAGAGGAAGUACUGAGGCACCUGUGUUUCUCUGCAGCCUGAUAUCACCAAGUUUCACUGGUCUAGAGCCCCCACACCUUGCCAACCUAACCCUGGAAAAUGCCUGAGUGCCUGACAUAGCACUGAUGGCCGUCAGGCCCACUGGGCCCAUCCAAGCUGUAAUGUGGGGCCAGGACUCAGCUGGACUGUCCCAUCCUAACCCUGUGAAGCAGGCUUGCUGCUCUUUGGGGUCCCCAUACAACCCCAUCGGAGCCCAGAUAGUGCCAGGGCCAGGAGGAGGGGAAGGGAGAUGGCCUGUAUAUUGCAGAUGCUAGGUGGGAUCACAGAGUUGUAUUAUGGAUGAUUAAAUGUCUGACACUUCUCAUCAUGGUGCAGUCCCUGUGGGGGCAGGGAGAACCAUGUGGCGCAAUGGGCUAGAUCCCUGGGCAAGGCACAUCUGGUCACGGGCACAGGACCGGGGUCCCCACACCAAUUUGACUGAUUUACCUGAGCGUACCU